AUGUAUACGUAUAUACGUGCAAACGGUGAAUCUCCUUACGGGCCGCCGCCGCCGCGCCGCAGCAAGCACGUACAGGCGAAAGCGCUAUCAUCGGCGGGCGGCGAGCGGGCCAGCAGCGAACAGCGAAGCGCGCGAUACAGAGGAAGGGCAAGGAGGGCGGUAGCGACCAGCGACCGACGGCGGGCCGACAAAGGGUCCCGCCUGACCGACACCGAACGGCCCGGCCCGCGACGCGACGAUACCGACACGGGCGCCGCUGAUAAGGCAGACCAUACGUGUUACAAACUUAUUAGUGAACCGUGCAGUUCUGGGAUUACGUUUUAUUUCUACGGAUUUGGCCGAUAUCAUACAAUAAAAGAUUUCCUUUGA